CCUCCCAUCGCUUCCCUCUGCCACUGAAUAUGAAUUCAAUACUAGAACUUCAACGAAAGGCGCACGAAGAAAUAGAGAGAGUUGAAGAAGCUACCGUCCAGGAACUCCUUACGAAACCCAAAGCCCACAAAGAGAAACUAGUCCAGGAACACCGGGUGAAAACGUUUGUAGAACGUGUUCAGCAACGAAGCCAAUACCUUCUGGACCUGUAUCAGGAUGUUGAUGGGUCACGAAAGGCUGAAAUUGAUGCGAUAACUGGGGCGUCAGAUUUUGGAGAGUUCUAUGCGAGAUUGAGAGAUAUCAAGGAUUACCAUAGACGGUAUCCUCAUGCGGCAGUAGAGCCUAUGGAGCUGGAGUUUCAAGAAAGAGACUUGGAGAAGGAAGAGGAAGAGCUUGAGAAGAUGUUUUCAGGAGAGGAAGCUCUAGGCAAAUAUCUCGAUAUGCAUGAAGCUUUCGAUCAGUAUGUCAACUUGGAGAAGGUGAACAAAGUGAACUACCUAAAGUACUUGGAUCAAUUCCAAAAGUUUGAGAGCAUCCCGCGAGAGAUAAAGUCAUCACCAGCAUAUGCAACAUACCUACAAACCUUGCAAACCUAUCUGGAGAGUUUCUUCGAACGGUCGCAACCCUUGUUUGAUCUCCGUGAGACUCGUCAAGGGGUGAUGGCAACGUUUGAACCAAGUUGGGAGGCAGGAACCGUGGUGGGCUGGAGGCAGGAUGGUGCAAUGGAAAUCGAUCAGAACGCAGAACUCUUCUGUCCGGCCUGUAACAAACAAUUCUCAAAAAAGAGUGUUUACACUGCCCACCUCACUGGAAAGAAGCACAAAAAGGCCGCGUCAGCGCUGUUGGAAAAGGGUGUGACAGAAAUCAGUCCUGAGGAAAAGAAAAAGGCUCGAUUGGCAAAGGAAAAGGAGGAGCGAGACAAGAUGAAGCCGAUUGCGAUGGCCGAGCAGCUGGUCAAGGAAUAUGUUUCAAUACUUUCAGCACAAAGAGACGAGACAAAAGCGCAUGUGGAGAGGAAGCAAACCCUAACAACGGAAGAACUGGUGGCAGAUGCUGUGGAGGAAAUCGAACUUAGCGAGGAGGAGGAAGAAGAAGAAGAGAAGAUCUAUAACCCCCUAAAGCUACCACUUGGAUGGGAUGGCAAGCCCAUUCCUUACUGGUUGUACAAGUUGCACGGUCUCGGUGUGGAAUACCCCUGCGAGAUUUGCGGAAAUUUCGUAUAUAUGGGUCGGAAAGCAUUUGAUCGACAUUUCCAAGAAUGGCGACAUGCACACGGGAUGCGGUGUUUGGGUAUACCCAACACGAGACAUUUCCACGAGAUCACAUUAAUCGAAGAUGCGUAUGCACUUUGGGAGCGCCUGAAACAAGGUUCGAAAACGGAGCAAUUUCGGGCUGACCUUAUGGAAGAGUUCGAGGACGCGGAUGGGAAUGUGUUUAAUAAGAAGACAUAUGACGAUCUCAAGAGGCAAGGUCUGCUGUGAGAUAUUUUCCAUUUGUGUUUCCUAGUGUAUAUGCAUAACGUUCAUAAUGAAAUUGAGAUUUGAUGGCA